CAGCAGCUGCAGCUGCAGCAGCAGCAGCUGCAGCAGCAGCUAGAGCAGCAGCAGCUGCAGCAGCAAAGUAGGGAUCUAGGAGCAGCAUCAGCAGCUGCUGCUGCUGAUGAUGAUGACGAUGAAGAAGACGAUGAGCUCAUAGGAGACCAGGAUGGGCCUCAUUCUCCAAAGCGCCGUCGAAAGGAGGUGGACGUCUUCAGCCUCGCAGCUUUGCCCGCAGAAAGGCUGCGGAAGGCAGUGCGGCGUUUGCUGCGGGGGGACAGAAGGGCUUUGAAGCAGUUGAAGAAGCUUUCGAAGGAAGCAGCAAGCAGCAGCAGCAGCAGCAGCAGCAGCGGCAGCAGCAGCAGCAGCAGCGGAGACCCCACAGUCCACAGGGCUGCUGCUGCGGCUUACGUCGCCUCCAUUGCAGCUACUCUCCGAAAUUCCCUUUAUCCUCUAGGCGAAAACUCCCCACAGUAUAAAGUGGUCGAAGCAGCAGCUUGGGCAUAUGUGGCUUCCAUCGCGGGCCUUCCUGCGGAGGACCUGGAACAAAUGGGACGUAUGGUCCUGCAGCAGCAGCAGCAGCAGCAACUGCAGCAACUGCAGCAGCAGCAGUGUCUUCAAGGUGUGCAGCCCGCAGCAGCAGCUUCAGCAGCAGCAGAAGGAACCGCAUCUUCCUCAGCAAUUCCUGAGGGGACUUCUUCUUCUUCUGGAAUUCCUGACGAGUGCCAGCUGCUGCAGCAGCAGCAGCUGCUGCUGCAGCAGCAGAUUGAGCAGCAGCAGCAGCUGCUCGACCAGCAGCAACUGCUGCACCAGCAGCUACAACAGCAACAGCAGCAGUUGCUGCAGCAGCAGCAGCAAGAUGCUGGCAGCAACACCGAAAUACCGCUGGGGCUUGAGCAUGAAGCAACAGCGGUUGCUGCACCUGAAGCAGCAGCAGGAGCAGCAGCAGGAGCAGCAGCAGCAGUGGCUUCUGCUGCUGCACCGCCGCAGACGAAGUGUGCAAGCGGGUACUCUCCCUCUGGAGUUCCACGAGAUGCAGCAGCAGCAGCAGCAGCAGGUGCUGCUGCUGCUGCUGCUGCUGCUACUCCUCACCAACAAGAAGCAGGUGCGAUGCAGCUGACAGCAGCAGCUGGCUCGUUGCUGCUGAGCAGCUGA